UGGAAAACUGUCGCGUGGGAGGAGAAGUUUCUGGCCGCACUGCGAGUUUACAAGGAGAUGAACAGGGACACAUUGGUGCCCCGCCCAUUUAUCGUUUCAUCAGAUGACACCCGCUGGCCGCGCGUAGCGUGGGGGUACGCACUCGGGAAGGCCGUUAAUACCUUGCGCAUUCGAGCUGGGAAGCACGAGAUUUCGUCGCAUAUGGAGACUGAACUGAAGAAGCUGAACUUCGCUUACGAUGCGUAUCAAUUCCAGUGGGACGAAAUCAUCAUGCCGGCUCUGCGUCACUUCCACAAAGUUCACGGCCACACGGAUGUCCCGUGUUGGUUUGUUGUCCCGGAAGGCGACGAUGCGUGGCCACGGUUGUCGUGGAACUGGGCACUGGGAACUACGAUUAAAAAUAUUCGACAUUUGCAACACUACGCUCGACAAGUGGAGGACUCGAAGGACGAGCUCAAGGAGAUCAAAUUCUGCUUCGAGAUAACGACGUUUGAGCGUGACUGGAAUGAGAAGGUCCUCCCGGCACUGAAAGUGUACCGUCAGAUACAUCACCAUUGCAUCGUUGAGAGGACAUUCGAGGUCCCUCGUGAAUCACCGUGGCCCGAAGAAGCGUGGGGUAUUCGUCUCGGGACGAUCGUAAACCAGAUUCGAAUGGGAAAAAAUUAUGUGCAGUUUGCUGCUCGAGACGAGGACACACUGAGGGAAAUAGGAUUCGCGUGGGAUCGUGAUGCGGCCACUUGGAACGAACGUAUCAUUCCAGCGCUGCAAACCUAUGUCGCAGAGUUCAGCACUUGUCGGGUGCCCUCGACGUUUGUUGUGCCUGCGGGCGAGCCUUGGCCACAGAGUGCUUGA